AUGGUUCGCGCUACCGCCCUCAUCGCAGCCGUGUUGCCCGUCGCUCUUGCCGCUCCCUUCGGCUUGAGCAAUAGCGCUACUCCCUCCAAGGACUCGGGUUCCUUCAUGGGUGUUCCCAUCUCGAACCUCAACGCCGCCGACCUGAUUCCCAACAAGUACAUUGUCGUCUACAACAACACCUUUGACGACGAUGCCAUCACUUCCAAGAUGUCCUCCUUCUCUGCUGCCAUCAAGAAGCGCAACAUCGGCAAGCGCUCCCUCGACGGUCGUGCCCUGAGCACUUCGACCCGCCACUUCAAAAUGAACCAGUGGCGCGCCACUGUCAUGGAGGCAGACGACUCCAUGAUCAUGAGUGUCAUGAACGCCGAGGAGGUUGCCUAUGUCGAGCAGGACGCCAAGGUCAAGAUCUCUGCCACCGUCUCCCAGACCAAUGCUCCCCCCGGUCUCGUACGCAUCUCUCAUUCCACUGCUGGUGAGACUGGCUACGUCUUUGACCAGGCUGGUGGCGACGGCAUCACCGCCUACAUUGUCGACACCGGUAUUCUCACCACCCACUCCGAGUUCCAGGGCCGCGCGACGUUUGGCGCCAACUUCAUCAACAAUGUCGACACUGACGAGAACGGACACGGCUCUCACGUUGCUGGCACCAUUGGUGGCCAGACUUUCGGUGUUGCCAAGAACGUCAACCUCAUUGGAGUCAAGGUUCUUGAUGGCGAUGGCGCUGGCUCCAACUCUGGCGUUCUUGAUGGCAUGCAGUUCGUCAUUGACGACGUCGCCAAGAGGAACCUCACUGGCAAGGCUGUUAUGAACAUGUCCCUCGGUGGCUCUGCUUCUGCUGCUGUCAACCGCGCCAUCCAGGCUCUUGCCAACGCUGACAUUGUCCCUGUCGUCGCUGCUGGAAACGAGAACCAGGAUGCUGGCAACACCUCGCCCGCUUCUGCCCCCAACGCCAUCACCGUUGGUGCCAUUGACGCCCGUAACGAUCGCAAGGCUUCCUUCUCCAACUUUGGCAAUGUUGUCGACAUCUUUGCCCCGGGUGUCAACAUUCUCUCGGUCGGUAUCACCUCUGAUACCGCCACCAACACCCUCUCUGGCACCUCCAUGGCCUCCCCUCACGUUGCCGGCCUGGCCGCCUACCUGAUGGGUCUUGAGGGCCUCAACACCGUCAAGGCUGUCACCGACCGCAUGCUCGCCCUUGCUGAGGCCUCGGGCGCCUCUGUCCAGCGCAACACCGCUGGCACGACCAACCUGAUUGCCAACAACGGUCAGCUCUAG